GCACUUCUUCAAAUUUCCCGUAAUAUUGUGGGCUAGUCAAAGGGAAAAUGCUUUAAAAGAACAAAAAAUAGUACCUUUUCACAAUGGACGUUGAACAUCAACAUUUUCUCAAGGGAAAGACCAUUUUAGUUACUGGUACAACGGGCUUCUUAGCAAAAGUUUUUGUAGAAAAGAUUCUAAGGACCCAACCAGAGAUACAAAAAUUGUAUCUUCAAGUAAGAGCCUUAAACAAUGAUUUGGCCACACAACGCUUUCAGAAUGAGGUCAUUCAUAAAGAUUUAUUUAAAGUACUACGAGAUCAGUGGGGCCAAGAUUUUGAUUCUUUCAUAUCGAAGAAAGUUGUGAUCAUAUCAGGAGAUGUUUCUCUCAACAAUUUAGGACUAAAAGAUGAAGAUCUUAAGACUAAGAUGUUGGAGGAGAUAGACGUUAUUGUGAAUUUUGCAGCCUCUACCAAAUUUGAUGAAAGAUUUGAUGUUUCAAUGGGUGUAAAUACAAUGGGCGCUUUACAUGUCUUAAACUUCGCUAAGAAUUGUCAUAGGGCAAAGGUUCUUGUGCACAUAUCAACUGCUUAUGUGUGUGGAGAGGCUAAGGAUGAAAAAGUAAUUCUACAAGAGAAACCAUUUGAGAUGGGUCAAACCUUGAAUGGAACAUCAAAAUUAGACAUACAUGCAGAGAUGGAUUCGUUGAAGAGAAAAAUGGAUGAACUCCAAUCAAAGAAUGCUACUGAAAACAUUAUCAAAUAUGCAAUGAAAGAUUAUGGAAUUAAAAGAGCAAAUUUGUAUGGUUGGCCCAACACAUAUGCGUUCACAAAAGCAAUGGGAGAGAUGCUUGUUAUGCAUCAUAAAGAUAACGUGCCCUUAAUCAUAAUACGACCCACCAUGGUAACAAGUACAUUUAAUGAUCCCUUUCCAGGUUGGAUUGAAGGUAUAAGAACUCUUGACAGUAUAAUAAUUGGCUAUGGUCAAGGAAAAAUUAAAUGCUUUCUCGGUCAUCCCAAGACAAAUUUGGAUAUAAUACCUGCAGACUUGGUUAUCAAUUGUGUGAUCACAAUUGUUGCUCAUUCAAAUCAAGCACUUGCGAAUUCCAUCUACCACAUUUCUUCUUCACUGAGAAAUCCUUUCAAAAUUUCGGAUGUUCAUAAUAUCUGCUAUCAUUAUUUCACUGAAGUUCCAUACAAAAAUGAAAAUGGAAAACCUAUAAUCAUCUCCAAAGCAACUUUAUUGACAAGUAUGGCUGCUUUCAACAUUUACAUGACAGCCCGAUAUGUCUUGCCACUAAAGGUCCUAAAUUUGGUGAACAAAGUGUUCCGUCAACACUCUCAAGAUGUUUACAAUGAGAACUAUAGAAAACUCAAAGUGCUGAUACGACUAGUUGAACUAUAUAAACCAUACGUGUUUUUCAAGGCCGUGUUUGAUGAUACAAACACAGAAAAUUUACGAAGAGCAACAAAGGGAAGUCUUAACAUGGACGGUGCUAUAUUAGACUUUGACCCCCAGAACAUUGAUUGGACAGACUAAAUGAUUAACACUCACAUUCCUGGUCUUCUAAAGAAUGCUUUGAAAUAAUCUCUAAAUUUUUCUUCAAAUUAAAUAGUUGGAACUACAAGCUUAGUAUAUUACAAAAUUAAAAACAGUUCCCUCUAAAAAUUUAUGG